AUGACGGCACAACAGGAUGCAGCAGGCAGCGACACUAUUGCCCUUGUGCGGGCGGCGGAGGAGCGCAUUCCAUGUGAGAUUUGCUGCCAUUUCACCGGAAUGGCAAGCUACCGCAAGCUUAGGGACGGUGACGGGGGAAGGUUGGCGUCUGUUUCGCGCCAAGGUAAACGGUUCAGGGACCCCACGCGUGAAAGGGAGGUUCGCAUAAAGAGCUGCACAUGCCGUGUGCUGUCGUGCAUGGCAUGCCAAGUACUUAAGGGGUACUGUGUGAUUUGGGCCGAGUCUUUGCUGGACGUCGCAACGUACGACCCGUUCGCCUCACAUGAAGCGGGACGAAGAAGGGUACAUGAGAAGAGCAACGCAACGGCCACGACGACGACAGCGAAGGGAGUGUGUGAGUAUCAUCAGCUGACACUCCGCACGCUUCAUAUUGUUGACCAGGCGGCGUACAAGCAACCGGUGCGUCACUCCUUCGCGUUACAGUCUGUUUGCCAGCCUGGAAGAGUACUUCAGCUGGAGUGUUAUCCCCGCCACAUGGUGCACUUUGGGCUACUGAUGUAUGCCCUCUGGCAAAGCCCUGAUGAGGUUUUCAGGACCAGAGGUGGCGAGCCACGUCUGCCGAGGAAGACGACGACAUCUGAAGUUAUGUCUACGGGCACUGAGAAUACUACUGCGAUGCCGUCGUUGUCGUCAUCGUCGCAGUUUCCAUUCCUGACGUCUGCCGAGCACGCGUCGGUGCUUAUCCUUGGCCUUGGUGGAAAUGUGAUUGGAAACUGCUUGGAUGCUGCCCUUCCUGUUGAUGUGCCUAUUGACGUUGUGGAGGUGGAACCAGCCGUGCUGGAAACCUGCCAGCGGCAGGGCCAGGUGCCACCAUGGGCGGAGGUUGAAGCCGAGACGACAGCUGAGUCUGCACGUGUGUGGGUUGCUUCACGCGGGAAGCAGCGGCACCCAAACUAUCGCUUCAUUGUUGGGGAUGCCCGUGAGGUCUUGCGAGGGGGCAACCCCAAGACGGCUGAAGGCAAGAGUCCGCUUCAUCAGCGUCGCUACGGUCUUGUAUUUCUCGAUUGCUACGACCCCGAGAAGGAGCGCAUGAUGCAUGAUGUCAGUCUCAUUGAUGUGUGCCGUUCUCGCCUGCGCCCGGGCGGGGCGCUAAUUGUGAAUGCGCACAUUUUGCCACUACAAGGGACACUGGAGGAGCAGUUUCUGGCGCGCGGUUUUGACUCCGUGCAGGCAUUGCGAGUUGCAGGGUGUGACCAGAGCAUUGUGGUUUGCUUGGCCAAGGACAAGGCGGCGGCGGGUGGUGGCGCCGAGAACGUUAACAACGGGGGAGGAUCCCAGCAACAGCGGCUGCCGCUUACAAGGCUGGAGCGGUUCUGCGUAAGACAUGCCCGCCAGUUGGCGUGGUACAUUCAAAACCCCUAUAGGGCAGACCUCGGUGUGCGACGUUUAUUUCGCGGUGAUUUUUGCCUCGAUGCAAACUGGUUGAAGUCAUCACGUUCUGUGGAAGGGGCUUCGUGCCGCACGCGUGUGUGGGAGCACUACGAUUAA